UUCGAAGUCAAAGAGGGCUUAAUAAGGUGGCAAUUGAUUAUGCACUUGUAAUUGACGUUUCAGCAUCAAUGAAUGCUAAAAUACGUCCACCUCUUCCUAAAUGUUUUGCGGGACAUGAUUUAAAGGAGAAAUAUCGCAGUGAGGGGUGGUGGUGUGAUGUGUGCGGAGAAGAUG